GCAUGAGAGGAGGAGGGGGGGAGCAGAUCAGAGAGCCGUGCCCAGUGAGGGCUCAGUCUGCUGGGGGCAAUGCUUCUGGCAAACCCCCUUACCCCUGCUCUGACCUGGAGGAUGCCCCGGCCGCUGCACACUCCAGACACAGUGGGGCAGAGAGGCCGCGCUGCAUACAAACCAGCUGCUGGCUUCUCGGGAAGCUGCGCACAACAGCAGUGGAAAACAAUACAGGAGUGAACCGCUGA